CCCGGGCGCGGAGUGAUGACGUUGCGCAAGGCCCGGCUGUCUUCCCUCCACGUGGGCGCCGCUGGGAAAGAAGAGCCGAAGCCUCAGACCCGGUGGCGCUCCAGGACCAGGUCCCAGUGUGAAACAACAUACAGUGUAUAUAUUUUUUUAAAAUGAAGGCGGACGUUGAGCGGCUCCUGAUCCAGUUCAAAGAUGAAGCCGGGGAAAUCUUGGGCUCGCCCUUCGACGUCCCCAUUGACAUCACACCCGACAAGCUUCAGCUGGUCUGCAAUGCCCUCUUGGCGAAGGAGGAGCCUCCACCCUUGGCCUUCUACGUCCAGGACGCCGAAAUCGUCACCUCCUUGGAGAAGACCUUGGCCGCCCAGGCGCUGGAGACCGAACGGGUGGUGGACGUCACUUACCAGCCCCAGGCCGUGUUCAGAGUGCGGGCCGUCACGCGUUGCACCAGCUCCCUGGAAGGCCACAGCGAAGCCGUCAUCUCGGUCGCCUUCAGUCCUACCGGGAAGUACUUGGCCAGCGGCUCGGGCGACACAACCGUACGCUUCUGGGACCUCAGCACGGAGACCCCGCAGUUCACAGCCAAAGGUCACCGUCACUGGGUGCUCAGCAUCGCAUGGUCUCCCGAUGGCAGGAAGCUGGCGUCCGGCUGCAAAAACGGCCAGAUAUUUCUCUGGGACCCAAACACGGGGAACCAGAUCGGACGGGUGCUCGCGGGACACUCCAAAUGGGUCACUUCUCUCUGCUGGGAGCCACUGCAUUUGAACCCAGAGUGUCGUUACCUGGCCAGUUCCUCCAAAGACGGCAGCAUUCGCACCUGGGACACAGUUGCCGGCCGUUGUGAUAAGAUCCUGACCGGACACACACAGUCGGUGACGUGCGUCAAGUGGGGUGGCGACGGGUUGCUCUUUUCUUCCUCCCAGGAUCGGACCAUCAAGGUCUGGCGAGCCCACGAUGGGGUCCUGUGUCGCACGCUGCAAGGUCAUGCGCACUGGGUGAACACCAUGGCACUCAGCACGGACUAUGUUCUCCGCACGGGCGCGUUUGAGCCAGCCGAGGCUUCCAUCAACCCCCAGGAUGUGAGCGGAUCCCCGGCCGAGAUCAAGCAGAAAGCACUGCAGAGAUACAACCAAGUUCGGGGCCAGGGUCCUGAACGGCUAGUCUCCGGAUCCGAUGACUUCACUCUCUUCCUGUGGGUGCCGGCGGACGACAAGAAGCCCUUGGGGAGAAUGACAGGACAUCAGGCUCUUAUUAAUCAGGUCCUCUUUUCUCCAGACACCCGGAUCAUCGCUAGCGCUUCCUUCGAUAAAUCUGUGAAGUUGUGGGAUGGAAAAACCGGGAAGUACCUCGCUUCCCUGCGUGGCCACGUUUCCGCGGUGUACCAAAUCGCGUGGUCAGCCGACAGCCGCCUGCUGGUCAGCGGGAGCAGCGACAGUACCCUCAAAGUGUGGGAUGUCAAGACCCAGAAGCUGGCCGUCGACCUGCCUGGCCACGCCGACGAGGUGUUUGCUGUGGACUGGAGCCCGGACGGGCAACGGGUAGCGAGCGGAGGCAAAGAUAAAUGCCUCCGGAUAUGGAGGCGAUAGCGGGCAAGGAAGGACUGUUGACACGAAACUGUUCUGUCCCGUGAUGCUCUCUCGUGAUGCAGAGGGUGGCCUUCCUGCCAUCCGUUUUAGGAAGGAAGGUUCUACAUUGCCUAUCUGGAUCAAGGAGCAAUAUAUACCUCGGUGUUUGUCACUUCCUGGGAUUUCAAGCUGCACCCUUUUCUCCCCAUCUUGGGUGACAGAACCAGAAAAAUUGGAGGGUCAGAAUCAAUCCGUGGCCCUGACCCCUCUGAAUGCAACGGCCUCCUGGCAUUGUUCCUGAGCAAAAGUGGUUUGGAGGUAGACUGCCUUGGACUUGAGAGGUUCUAUUGAGGCCUAAUAGAUCCAUCUACCUUCCGUCAGUUUGCAGUCUCUUUUUAAGGUGGUGGCCUUUGCUGCGCCGGCCGGCCACCGACUUGGAAAUUAAUCUCCGCAUUCUUCACAUUUAUCCCAAAAUUACAUCAACUUUGAACUGGUGUAUUGUCAAGUUUGGACACUUAAUAGAAGAGGGAGACGAAAAUGGCCAUUCUGUUAGUAAUUUACCGUUCUUGGGUUUACGCCAUUUAUGUCCGGACUCUUUGGAGGUAAUCAAAUGUCCCAAAAUACAGCUAUCUCUGUUGUAUCAGUAGAAAAUUACUUAAAAAAUUUAUCCACAUGGCACUUUUCUUUUUUAAACUUCAAUAUGGUAAUAGUGCUUUUUAAGAAAAGUUUCAGUGGCCCCAUAACUCAAUAAAUCCUUACACCUUUU